AUGGAGAUGUCUUCACCUCUCGCGGCCAUGCACCCGCCGCCCAUCCCCGGCCCCUGGGGAUACCGUCGUGACCUGCCACAAUCGAAGCCGUUAUUUGGAGGAGCACACAGCCUGGGUCCCAAGAGCUUCAACUUCCGCGACCUCAGCAUGAAGAAGAGUGGGGGAGACUACUUCACCCUGCAGCCCAUGCGAGGCUCGUCGCCCACGACCAGCCUGGCCGCCGACAUGUCGAGCAACCUGCACAUGGACCAGAGCCCCCAGCUCCAGACGCCUCGCCGGUCGCUCUUCACGUCGAAUCUCUUUCAGCAACUCGACACACGGGAAAUCACGACCCCACUGGCUCGUUGGGAAGGCGUUACGACUCCGCCAAUCCCAUCGUCCUCGCCCGGCUUCGCACCAGACUCCAUGGACAUCUCCCCUCUUCCCCACAAGGCACCUUUCAGCUUCAUCAACGACCGCUGCCUGCCCCUACCCUCGCCCUCCCCAGAGGUGACCCCAGGAUCCGACAGCGACAUGCUCACUCCAUGUGACGACCUACCUACCCCACCCACAUACUCUACACCCUCACUCGAGGUACCACGACCCGUGUCAGCCGCUGAACGCCGAAAGUCCGCUCUGCUCAGGCCCUCUCUUUCGCGCCACAAGAACUACUCUACUAACAGUGUGUCGUUCAAGGACCAAGAAAAGCCAUCGAGCACCUCGCUGCCGGCUUUCCAAUUUGGUUGCGGUGACUUCGCCAGGAACUCGUCUUCAUUGAGCUUGGAUGAGUGCUUUACUGCCUCCCCACCUCAAGAACGUCGUCCCACCUCCAAUGGCUCUCUCUUCGCAUCGAAACCCAAGCCCUUUUCUCUCAACUCUACUGCCGCUCGUGCCAAUGGUUCCCCUCUCGCCGCUGUCAGGAAGCCUGUCGGCCCCCCUUCUCGUCGUCCCAGCAAGUUCCGCAGAUCGUUAAGCAUGUUCGAAAGUCCCGGUGAAGUGAUGAAUGCCAAGCAGGAACAGGAUGACUACCAGCCCAGUGGGCUUCAGUCUGUGAUGGAUGUCGAUGAUGCCAACCCACUGAAGCUUCCACACUUCACUACCAGCGAGCCAGAGAGCCUCCCCCGUAUUACCCACGAGACAUUGGUGGAGGUCCUUGACGGUGCUUAUGAUCACUUGUAUGACAACAAGGUGGUUAUUGACUGCCGCUUCGAGUACGAAUACAAUGGUGGCCACAUUGAAGGUGCAUUGAACUUCUGUGACAAGGAGAAGCUUGCCGAGCGUCUCUUCCAGGCUCCGUCAAGUGACAACACUCUUCUGAUACUGCACUGCGAGUACUCAGCGCAUCGUGCUCCUCUCAUGGCCAAGUUUGUUCGCUCGCAAGAUCGCAAGGAGAAUGCGCAUCAAUAUCCUCACCUUUCGUUCCCUGAAGUUUACAUCCUUGACGGCGGUUACAGCUCCUUCUAUCAUGCACACGCAACUCGCUGCUAUCCCCAGAACUACCUUCGCAUGGAUGCCAAAGAGCAUGAGCAAUCCUGUGAACGCGGCCUUAACAAACUCAAGUUCAAGUCGCGUGCUAAACUCAACCGUGCUACCACUUUCACCUUUGGGCAGCACUGCCAGAUGGAAGACAGCCCUACAGCCAUGGGCCGUACAAGAUCUGGAAACAACCUCUUCACCCUCGGCAAUGACUCUCUUGAAAUCGGACGUGUCAACGCCGCUUCCCGUCGCAUGGCAUCUUAUUAG